UUACGAAUGUAUCAUGAAAAUGAUGCAAGCAUCGUCUCAUGAAAACAAAAUGACAAAAACUGAAGAUUGGAAUUAUUCUAUUUUACGCACUCUAAGUGAUCCUAUUGAUUCGGUAUUAUUGGAUGUAGCAUUAGAUUAUUUGAUGGACGAUUUAGAAAUUGGUACAUUCGAAAAAUUGUUCCCUGGACCAGUCAUGGACGUUGACCGAGGUGUAAAUGGUGUUCUCAUGACCGUGUUACUAACUAAAGAAAGGCACUCUUUUGAUGAGGAUUUAGGCAAAAUAUUUAUUGAAGUAUUGAACUCUUUGAUUCAUGACAGAAGAGUUGAAAAAAAUUUUGAUAAG